UCCCUUUAAACGAACAGCGGUGUAUAUCGCGGGCUACAAUAUGGCGAAAACGUGCGAGCAAUUUUCAAAAUUUUUCGAAAUGAAAGCAUGAUGCAAUAUGUUUAAAAAAUUAGGUUUUGCUACAAAAUCUUACGGUUUUUAUUCUUCAAGAUGAUUUGUGAAAACAGGAGGAUAUAAGAUGAGUUAUAGUUUGAGAAUUUGCUGCGGAAACCGCGUGGCAUUUCGCCAUUUUUAUUACCGAUGUGUUAACAGGGGUCAGAUAUUUAGAUGUUGGUCGUUGCCACAGAGUACUGUGCUAUGUCAGGUAGGAGAGAUUUGAAUGUUUGUUAUAAUAAAAAUUAAUAAUGUUUCAGUAUUGACAUAUAAAUGGUACUAUACAAGUUGUAUAAUACAACUACAGGAAUACAAGUACCAGGUACAUUUUAUCAUACGGUUCAUACCCAAGUAAUUAGUACUGAAUACAUAUACCAUCAAGAAAAUGCUAUCAAAUACUGAAGUACAUACUGUCAGAAUACACACCGUCAAGUACUUGUAUUACUUGGGUUUGGAACCAGACUGGAUACUUUGCAGUGUGCACGGAAGAUCUUCCAUACACACACAAAAAUUCAUGUGCACAAAAUUCUAUUUUCACAAGUGUCAAGUGUGUACCUGGCCUGUGAAAGAUAAAGGUAUUAAGUUUUUACAUGCACAAAAACAAGUGUUGUGUUUACAUAACUUUUACGAACUAAAAUUAUUCUGUGUACACCUAACAAAGUUUCCAGUCUGGGUUUGGUAAAAUGUAAAUUAUUGCAACCUUUAUAUUAUAUUAUCCUCUACCUUGGGCCGGUUAAAGCUGGAUUGGCACUAACCCCGGGGUUAAGAUUUAACCCACUAUUUUGGUUUGUGAAAAGUGGGGGUGGGAGUCUGGUGGCAACUUUAAUUAAUAUGGAUGUGGUCCUUACUGGUCACCCUUCAAGUCUACUGUACCGUAUGUUUAAUGUAUUUUAUAAUGUUAACAUCAAAUUUUUAUAUAAAUUAUCUUUUCUUUGCCCAAAUUGUUCAAGACAGAUCUGCUGACUGUUUAAUAUUAACUAAUUAAUUAUCUCAUUUUUGCUUCAAUUUCAAUGUAGAAAAAUGUCAGGUACCUUUCCACAAACAGGCAACCAAAACCGAAAGGGUUGUUGGGAAAGUUUAUUGACAACAUCAGGGAAGGCUUUGAAAAAGACAAAAAUAUGCAAGUAUGGCUCUCAUUUGUUUUCAAAAUAUUUUUUUUAGCUAAAGUGCAUACACUGCUAAUCCUGUAUUGAGCCUCCUCUCUCAAAAUAAAUCCCCUUCCCUUCUUAACAAAUCCCUCCCUUCUUUUUGAAAUAGAUCCCAAUUCCAAUCUCAAAUAUCUCUCCUCAAAGAACCCCCUCCCUCUCUGAUACCGUUCCCCUCCCUCUCAAAUAUACCUCUCUUUCCAUUGAUAUACAGUACUUUAAUUUUUGGUAGGACAAUAUCAAGAAGUUUCAAGAAGAAGCGGAAAAGCUUGAAGAAUCCUCGGCUUUUAAGUCAGCAAAGAGACAGUUUGGAGUUUUUGGUACUGCCAAGGUAUAAUUACAAUUAGAAAACUUAAAAAGUACGAAGAGAACUUCAACAUUUUGAGAGAAGGCCCUUUGUCAACUACCUACACUGCAUAGACCAUUCAAAAUAAUUACAAUUGACUCAUUAAGCCUCAGAGCUUCCCCAUUGACGAGAAAAUCGUCUGGUGUUAGACAAUUAAAAAAAAAUAAGUAGGGCGCAUUGCGAUGCAAUGGGUUAACUAGAGACAUUGUCAGUUUUUGGUUAAUUCAUUAAGCUGCACAGGUUCCCCAUUGACAAGUAAAAUCGUCUGGCAUUAGACUAGCAAAAAAAAUAAGUAGGUCUCCUGCUUGAAGAGUAAAACAAUCUGGUAUUUAAACAGUAAAUAUCAAAGUGAGGCAUAUUAUGGAACAUUGCAGCUUAAUUGGUUAAGGACAAAUAAAGUAAUCAUGACUAGCAUUAUUACAGAUCUCAUGAUUUUUUUCAAAUUCAAAAUUUUAUCACACUAGGAAAAAACAAGUGAAGGUAUUUCAAAAAUAUCCUCAGUCCUCAAAGAUGGCGGAGAACAGCUCAGUGAGAGUGCAUCAAAGGUCAGUUUACAACACUGCAGUGCUAAAAUAUUGUUCACAAUCGUUAGUGGUUUUGCAAUUACUAAUAAAAAUGUUUUAACUCUUGGUAACAAAAUUUUUCAUUAGGUGGUGGAGGAAAUGAAAUUGAGUGAAACAUUCAGAAAAGGACAACAGGUUUCUGAAGAAGUAAGGAACAAAAUAAGGCCUGAAAAAAUACCUGUGGUUCCGGUUUCAUAUCGCGAAAAAAUUAGGGUCGGUAGGUCGAAAAUAAUUUUUUUUGAAUAUUUUUUCAUGGUUUUUUCAAUAAUUAGUGUGACAACAGACGCCAUUUUGGCAGCAGCCCGCAACCACCUGGAGAAAAUAGGGUCGCACAGUCAAUCAUGUUGAAAAAAUAAUAGGGUCGGCAGAAAAAAAUAGGGUUGGUCGGGAACCAAAACCACAGGUAUUUUUUUAUGCCUAAUUAUAGCCUUUAACAUAGUAUUCUGGAUCUUAGGAAAUAAGUAUAAAUUAUAUAACACAAGUUUAAGUUGUGGAUGUAAUAUAUUUGACUUAGUUUGGUAAAUCUGCACAAGAAGCAUUCACUAAAGUAAAAGAACAAAGUGAAGAGCUGGGAAAAACUGAGGCGGCAAAAACAGUCACCAAGGUAAAAAAAUAUUGCUCUUUAAUUAAUUAACAACUCACAUGUUAGACUAAAUUUUAAUCUAAGUAGAAAGAAAGGAAUCAAACACAACAGCUAAAAAGAACAUAAUGAAAUUAGUAAAAUUGCAAAAUUUGGUUGUGAAAUGUUGUAAAGCUUGGUAAAUAUAGUCUUGUAUGUUUGUAUUACGUGCGGAAAUUGUUACCGUUUUCAGCUCAAAAAUGGUAACAAUUUCCGCACGUAAUACAAACAUAUACAAAAUAUGCAAACUUCGCAGGGCUAUAUUUUCCGUAUUUUACAACAUUUCGUAACCAAAUUUUGCAAAUUUUACUAAUUCAGUUAAUAAGUUCUUUAUGCAGGGAAUUUACUUUUUUUGCCUGGAUCAAAAAUUAGUCUAACAUGCAAGUUGUCUAUUAACGAGAUGUUAAUUAAUGAGAGUAAAAUGCAAAUAGUAGUUCAUAAUCUCCGCUAUAUGGAUUUGAAAUAGUUGCUUUGUGAAAGUCAGUAAAAAUAAUUAUUAUGUAUGUUAUGUGGUUUUUAUUUAGGGUUUGAAGACGGUGAAAGAAGAUUUGUUUGAUCCAAUCGCAGAGAAAUCCAAACCUUACCAAAGACCCCGUAAGUGCAUCUCAUAUACAGAAUAGCAAGUCAUCUUGGAGAUGAUUUGUAUCUCUGUAUUAAUGAGAUUGAUGUGUAUUUGUUUGUUUCAGAAACGCUACGGCGAAGAACUGAUCCAAAAGUGGAAAGUGCAAUGAAAUUAAAAGAAAAGAGAAUUGAAGCAAAUGAGUAAGACUGCAGUACUGUAUAUUUGUUGUAUUUAUCUGCACUAGACAAAUAAUUCCACCUUGAUAAUGUGCUUGAUAUCAGGGAAUGGUGCACACAAAAUAUUUUCGUGACGACUAAAAAAUCCAUUCUAAAAUUCGUCUCGAUCGAACAGGGUUCGAACUCACAUCUUUAUGUUUCCAGAACGUCGCUUUACCCAUUAAACUAUCAGGGAAUGGUGUGCACAAAAUAUUUUCAUGACGAUCGACCUAAAAAUCCAUUCUAAAAUUUGUCUUGAUCGAACAGGGUUCGAACUCACGUCUUUGUUUCCAGAACGUUGCUUUACCUAUUAAACGUAACUUGCUGAUUGCAUGUCUUUAAUAUUUUCAUUUAAGUGAUGCAACCGGCGUUGUUUUACAUAAAGAUUCGUUGUGGUAUCAACAGUGGAAAAAUUUCAAAGAUAAUAAUCCCGUUGUUAAUGGUAAGACAAUUACCGUAUCUUAUUAUGUACAGUGGUAAUUAGUGCUUGUGGUCUUUAAUUCGCCUCUUUCACCAGAGUUAGGUUCCUGAAACCAUAAAUUCGUUGUUGUGACAAGCAAAGAAAACUAGACAUUAUAUCUUGACGUUUUAGGUUUGUUUGAUUUAAAAAUGAAAUACGAUGAAAGUGAUAAUUUGUUCAUUCGGGCAACAAGAACUGUAACUGAUAAACUUGGUGAUGUAUUUCGUAAGUAUUCGUGAAUUUAUAAUAAAGUUUGAAAAUACUUUCAUGUGUGUUUGGAUGUGAUUGUUUCCUUUUGUGGAAAAACCUUCAUCAGUACAAUAAUAUUAUACGGAAGACCCGGGCUUGCGCUUAGGGACCGAGUGCUUUGCCAAAUAUAUAAAAAGGGUAGUAUUUUCUCAAAAAAAAAUUUCUAGUAAACAAAAUUUCUAGUAAUUUUAUUGUUUUCUUCAAUAGAGGAUGUGUUCUCUCAAUCUGACAUGGCAAAAACUUUGGCAGAAAUCACAAAAAUUGAUCCAAGUUUUAACAAAGAUAAUUUCCUACAUGAAUGUGAAUAUGACAUUAUACCAACAGUAUUACAGGUCAGUGCGUACAGUAUUUCUACCUCUUACAGGCAUCUAAGUGCGUAUUUAUCGUAAAGUCCGUUUUCUACUUAACCAUUACAGGCGUAUAUCAAUGGAGACUUGGAACUGCUACAGGACUGGUGUCACGAACGGGUAAUGUAUUCAAUAUACUACUUUCUUUUUGUUAGCACUAUCUACAGACAGUCACUGAUUAUACUAAUCUUUCAUACAAAAUAUGACAUUUGUUUUAUAGACGUACAGUGUACUGGCAGCACAAAUUGAACAAAACAAAGCAGCUGGGAUCAAAGUGGACACAAAAAUACUGGAUAUAAGAGAUGUCGAUGUACGUUUGCCUAUUUUAAGAAAUACACCGAUCAUCGUCAUGAACUUAUCCAGACUCAUAAAUUUUGUUGAUAUUUUAUUCUUUAGCUUGCUCUAGCUAAGAUCAUGGAACAAGGUCCUGUGUUAAUUUUGACAUUUUCAGCUCAACAGACCAUGUGUGCUGUUGAUGCCAGAGGGAAAGUUAUCGAGGGAGGAGAGGUAUGAACCAGUGAUGGUGGUGAUUAUGAUGAUGGUGGUGGUGUAGGUAGUGAUGGUGCUGUUGACAGUAAUUAUGGUAAUGUGAUGUGUUGGUAAUGGUGAUUAUGAUUGUGGUGAUAGUGGUGAUGAUAAUCAUGAUGUUAUGAUGGUGGUGAUGAUGUGUGGUGAUGAUGUGUUGGUAAUGAUGAUUAUUAUGAUUAAGGUGGUGACAGUGGUGGUGAUGAUGAUUAUGGUGUUGGUAUUAAGGUGGUAAUAGUGAUGGCAGCAAUUAAUGAUUUGAUAAUAUCAUAGUUAAUCAACUAUGAUAAUAUGAAGGUGAUGGUGUUGCCUCAUCAUUUUUUCUGUAUUUCAGGAUAAGAUCGAGCUAUUUCACUAUGUGUGGGCAAUGUGUCGGGAUCAGACCAUUCUACAACAUGAACAAGCAUGGAAAGUCUUGGAAUUUGGCAUACAACAAACAAGCGACUAUUACUAAACGAAAAAUUGGUAUUGUUACUUUGCACAACCGUGCUUUUGGUAGCCCAAAUAAUCGCAGCCUGAUAACGAUCAAGUUUCACUGCGGUAUGGAAACGAUAGCUACAUUGAGACGUACAGGAAAGUACGUAAACAACGAGCAACAAACAUCACUCGCAACCAAAUACACGACGAGACGGACAAGAAACGCUAAGCAAGUAGCCUUGCGCGGAAGCAAAUGAUAGUCUCAUUGAAAGGAUACGAAAGUAUAAACUAAGUUUAUUAUAAUCGUUUUAAAAUAUUUACUAAAAUUUUACAAGGAAAUAUUUUACACGCAUUUGGCAAUUAUACAUUAUUAAUAUGAGUUCACAAGAUGUGAAAUUUUGCAAUUCAAAGUUUAAUUAGUAAUACAGAAACUUUUGUGGUGUAAUUAUACCAGUCCUAAUUGAAAAACUCCCAAUAUUGUUUUUGCCAAUAUUAUUUAUGUUCGCAUUUUCGACAUGGUUCAUGUGAAUUUUGUUGUUUUAAAAUCUCCAAUACUACAUAUUUCAAAGCGUGAGCUAGCUGUGUCUUGCUGUAAGGGUUAUCUAAGGUAGGCACGUGAAUAAACACCACUGAAGAACCACUGUUCUCUGCUCUCAUACUUUGAUUUAGCGAACUGUAGUAAAUGAAUUCACAUAGGUACCUGCAAAAGACAAAAUGCGUUACGGUUAUUGUCGAUUUCAG